AUGAAUGCUUUGCGUGGGGGCACAGUCACGUGGCGCCCCCAACCAUGGCAGGAUGGGGAUGGAAGAGAAGGGGAGCCGCUGUCAGACAGUGACUCAGAGGAGGAGGACUUCCCCGAUGACAGCACCACUCCGCUGGGAGACUACAUCACUCUCGGAAUAAAGCAGCUCCUGGAUGCUCAGCAGCUAUGUGAUGUGACUCUGCUUGUUGAGGGAAGGAAGUUCCUGUGUCACAGGGUGCUCCUAGCUGCGGUGAGCCCAUACUUUAGGGCUAUGUUUACCAGUCCUCUGGUGGAGUCUCGCCUCACUGAGAUCCGACUGGAAGAAGUGACACCAUCCGUCAUGGAGACCGUCAUCCAGUUUGUAUACACCGGAGAAGCGGGGCUGUCUCUAGAGACCGCUGAGGAUUUGUUCGUGGCGGCCAAUCGCCUUCAAGUCAUGCCUCUACAAGACUUAUGCUCCAGGUUUCUGUUCGAGCACUUGUCAGUGGACAACUGUUUGGGGAUGUAUUCUCUAGCUCGAUCUCACCAUGACCAGCUAUUGCUCCGUGCUUCCCUUCGGCUGGUGGCCCAUCACUUCCCUCGCGUGUCCCGCCAUAAAGACUUCCUCCUUCUUGAUCAAGGCACCUUAGGUAGCCUCUUGAGUUCGGACCGCUUAGGCGUAGACUCUGAGGCGGAGGUAUACGACGCUGCCAGGCGCUGGGCGGAACACCAUCCGUUGGAUCGCUAUGCCCAUAUGCCAGCGCUGCUUCACCACCUGCGUCCAGGCCUGCUGUCGCAGGAGGAGAGUAGAAGACUGAGCCAGGAGUUGGGCCCUGCAGCAGCUGGUGAAGGCCUUGGAGGGCCCCUACGACCAAGGGAGGGAAUGUUUGAGAAAAAAAUUGUGUGUAUAGCCCUGACACAAAAGGAAGAUGACCAGCUAGCUGCACAAGACUACACAAUGGACUGCUUUGACCCCCGGACAGGAAGGUGGGAGAAGCUGGCGCCGUUGGGCUCAUUGGUGAGUCCCGGUUGUACGGCUGUGGGCGAAAGGCUGUUUGUAGCAGGAGGGAUUCUGGGAACAGGCUCAGUGUCUUCAGCUGUGCACGAAUAUGAUGCCGUGCUGGACCGCUGGACAGAACGCCCGUCAAUGGCCGUACCUCGGUGUAUGCUGGGUCUGGUAGGCUGUGGUGGAUUGCUUUAUGCCUUAGGGGGAAGCAAUCGCUCGGCACUACUGGAUUCCAGCGAGACACUGAAGCUGGCUACACUUCGGUGGGCACCGGGUCCACGGCUGCCCUUACCUCUGCGUGCCUUUGCCUGCGCAACUCUGCGUGGACGACUCUACCUUUUAGGUGGAACCACAGUUGAACAGAACCGGGCUGUGGUCCACUCAGGGGUACUUAUUUAUCAUACCCUGACAGACUGCUGGACUCGAGUGGCUCUGGACUCUGGUGCAACUUGUCUUGCUGGGGGUGUAGCAGUGCGAGGAGGAGUCUGUGCCAUAGGCGGAUACAUCAGGGAUACCACUAAGUUUCUAGAUGGAAACUACACCAAUCUGGAGACAUUAGACGCCACAGGCCGGGUACUAUUUUUCAGGGAAGGUAGGGCAUUUGGUGACGAGCGAGAGGUGACUGGAGGAGGGGUUACAAUCUCUGCGGACCAGCGCGCAGGGGCAGGCAGGGGCAGUGACAGAGCACUGAGCCCUGUGGUUUUCCCUGGCCUACCGCGGCGGAUCGCAGCUGGGGGAGUGGCCAGAUGGAAACGGAGAAUUUAUGUUUUGGGCGGAGAAAAUGGCUCUCGGUUCUAUGACAGUGUGUACUGUUGGAAGCCUGGCUGGCGUAGUUGGGUGCAGAGACGUGAGAAACUCCCGGGAGAUACGGGUGGGGUCAGUCAGUUUGGGUGCACCACUCUAAAGUUUCCCAAGAAACACAUCCUGUUCAGACUGAGACGCGCCAAAGAGAACUGCGUUCUGCAUGAGUAG